UCCCCUCUGUUCUGUUCCUUCCUGCCCGGCGAAAUCACGGAAGCCGCUAAAGGCAGCCGAGAAUGGAGGGGAAAGAGCGGCAGUAAAUCAUUUCGUCAGCAGCUCUUGGGGCCUGCGGGAAAUCUUCCACCGCGUCACCUCCUCCCAUGGCGGCGACCGCGGAGCUCGCCUGAUCCUGAUCGCGCCCGUGAUUAGUGGUUUGGCAGUUCGGCUGCCCCAGCAGUGCGUGCUCACCAUGGUUACUGAAGAGCCCGAAGCAAAGAAGCAGAUAAAUGAGGAAUGCAUCAUAAACCGCCUCCCAGGAGACCUCAUUGAGCGGAUAUUUUUUAGGCUUCCGGUGAGCACUUUGUUGACGUGCCGCGGCGUCUGCAAGCAGUGGCAGAACUUCAUCCGGGAUCCACAGUUUGCCGCAUCACACCUCCAGCUUGCACCCAGUUAUGCUCUUCUGUUCUUCCCGCAAGGUUUGGUUUCCAGCGUGCUCUACCCUAGUGAUGCUAUCCUAAUUGACGAAGCCUGGUCACCGUCGACAUAUGCGGUGCCAGUGAUUGGUCCUGAUGAUUUCCUUUUUGGUUCAUGCAAUGGCCUUCUUGGGUCAUACACAAAGACAUCAACGAUCAAGAUAGCUAACCUUGCAACUGGUGAAUGUCUACAUCUUGAGAAACCUUCCAAGAAUGUGAAAGGUGAUCACUACUGUUUCUACAGCUUUGGGUUUCAUCCCGUGACAAAAGAAUACAAGAUCACACACUUCCUUGGUGACUGCGUUGAUGGUCGCCCCCAUAAUAAAGACAGGUUCAACAUCAUUCAAGUUUACACGCUUGGUGAUGAGAAAUGGAAAGAUAUCCGCACUCCAGAACCUCUUAGCUUGAUCAGUGUGAGAAACUCUGGAGUUGUCAAUGUUGAUGGCAAAAUGUAUUGGUUAACUGAAGACAUGCUAGUUAGCUGGCAGCAUGCAGUUAUUUCCUUUGAUCUCAGGGAAGAAAGUUUUGCGACGAUACAACUGCCGGCAGAGCGUGAAGAUCAGGAUCGUUAUGGUCCUCGUAAGUUCUGGAUCAGAGAAAUGCAUGGGAAAAUAUGCAUAGUAACUGCUCAACCAAGUCGUUAUGAUCCCAGAGCUCUUCUUGGUGAGCUGCAGAUCUGGACACUUGAGAACACGGUAGAGCAACAAAGGUGGAGCAAGAAGUACAAUAUUAAGAACCCACCAAAUUACAUUCCAGGUCCACAUUCUGUUCACAGGGAUAGGAUCAUGACGCAACUUUACAAUAGCGUGUGUUCAUAUGAGUUGUUUAGUGAAAACUUCGAGAUUGAUUUGAGCAAGAAGUUGAAGCUGUUUGAUUCCAAACCCCGUUGGAUGUACAACAUGCAAUCCUACAUCGUUGUGAAAUCACUUGUAUCUUUAGAUUUAUAUAAAAAGGCUGGCAUUGUGCGCAGACCGAAACAGCAAGUAGGCUGGGAAUUGAAGAAGUGGAAGGCAUGGGAGGGUAAGCGUCGUGAGGCAGAGGAUAUACGGUGCCGUGUCCACAAACAUGAGCAUGCCUUAUUUGGAAACGCAGAAAAAAUGGGUAAAAUGUAUCAGUCUUUGCAGGAUAAGCCACAUGAUGUAGCAGAACGUCUACGCGCAGAACUCAAUCAGGUGUUGCAGGACAUGCCGGAUAGUCCAAGUCAGCCAAAGUCCCCCCGGAGGCUUAAUUGGGUGGAGCAGAAGCAGGACUAUGAGAAGUUGAUGGCCCGUUCAGCGAAACUGAAAGAAAGGGCUCAGGUCAUGAAGCAGGCACAUGAUAACAUCUUGAGUAUCAUUGCAAGUUUUAAGUCGGAUAAGGGUAAAUCUACUGCUGGCGCUUCUUCUUCUUCCAUUGCCCGUCUUGAUGAGAAGAAGGAAGAAGAGAACAUUUAAAAUUGCACUUAGCUAUCUGGGGCACUUCUUGUUAUUGUCUCUAUUUCAUCCUGAGAGAUUCUGUAACCUCUGCCAAGGAGGCUCUUGUCCCCUUGGAUUGGAUGUGCGCAGCCGUUGUUCGUAGUCCGAUUUAGCCUCUCGCUCCAUCAGUUGCUCGUUGUCAUUACAUUGCACUUUCAGGUUUCUAGUUUCUAUAAAUGUUCGGCGCAAAAUGCCGCUUGGCCGAGAGAUCCAACAGGAACGAUGGCCUUGCCUUAAACAGGAAUAAUGAUGUGAUUUGCAAUGUUUUAAAUACUUGGGAUUAAGUGUCAAGACUUCA